GUCUUGAGUGAAAGUUGAGUGACUGAGCGGUCCGCAACUUAGAUUAUUUAUAUUUUUCGGUUCCCCAUACAUCCGCUUCACAUUCAUUCUUUCAGCAGGAUCUUUUGUUCAUCGGUUUGAGACACACGAAUCGCAUGGCAAAGUUUUCUCUUCUUGGAAGUGGGGCGACUUUUUCCACUUGGAUGCUGCCAGCUCUUCCCCUGCUGGAUGCACGUAAAGACGUUUUAAGUGACGUGCUAUCAGUGCGACCGCGGGAUGAAUCCGGACGCGGAGGCGUUAUGUCCUACGACGGUAUGCAAGGACAAUAGCACUGCAGAGCCGCGCGGGGAACUACAUGGAAUGCAGUUCUUGCCGCCUGUGGUGGCGCCGGAAAGCAUACACCAAGGCUGAGUGGGGAGAUAUCCCGUGGAAAAACGUGCCUGCCCCACCAUAACGCCAGCCCGCUGCUGUCGCGCAUGAACACCAUUCCGCGCAUGCAGAUUCGACCGACAGGAAGGUGCUGGGCACGUUUUUCCUCAGGAUAAAUCAUUGCAAAACCAUUCCGCCUCCGGCUCUGCCUAAGUGCCGGCUCUGCCUCGUGGCAAGCCGUGUACUUCCUCCGGGAAUCCACCCCACCAGGUUGACCAUCGCGUGCUACCGCUGCCUGAGGCCGGUGAAUCCCUUCGACGAGGGCAUGUUGUCUAUCCCACAAAAAAAAGCUGGCAGGACAUAACUGUGAUGAAAACAGAAAUACACAGAAAAAUCUGUCAUGGGCGCCCUCGUGCCAUUUUCUUAGAUCUUUAUGUUUGCAUUCCAAAUGUAACCUGCCAGCGUUUUUCUGUGUGAUACACUCUCAGGACGAGCGCAGGUUCGUGGCCUGUUAUAGCCGCAGCAGAAUUCUCGGAGGAUUUCCCCGCCAGUCGCUUAAUUUUGGGGCCGCCCCGCGCCAUCUGCGGGGCUUGCCCUUUGUCUAA